UCUUUCCCUGCCCAGGCACUAGGGGACCAGAAAUCGCAGUGGCUGCUGGCUGGGUUUAUUCUUAGAGCUUUCCAUCCAGUCCGGGCUGACGUUUCUUUUACAGCCUGUCUUCUCUUUUGGACAGAUUUAUUCCAGAGGGGAACUUCACCACUUCAUCGAUGGCUUUAAUGAGGAGAAAAGUAACUGGAUGCGCUAUGUGAAUCCGGCGCACUGCGCUCGGGAGCAGAACCUGGCUGCGUGUCAGACCGGGAUGAACAUCUACUUCUACACCAUUAAGCCCAUCCCUGCUGACCAGGAGCUGCUUGUGUGGUACUGUCGGGACUUUGCAGAAAGGCUGCACUACCCUUAUCCCGGAGAGCUGACAAUGAUGAAUCUCACAAAAACGCAGAGCCAGCCGAGGCGGCAGGGCGCAGAGGGACCCGGCCUUGGCCCCAGGGGCGCCCCGAGGAGAGAGCACAGCGUGAAGGAGAUCCUGCGGCGGGACCCCAGCCCCUCUAAAGGGAAGGACUUCUACCGUUCGGAUAUGUCCCCCUUCGCCCCGGGAAAGGACACAGACCCCUUCGGGAGGAACGGGAGCCCCGACAUGCCCUUCUACCCGCGGGUGGUUUACCCGCUCCGCCCGCUGCCCGACGACUUCCUGACAGCCCCCCUGGCCUACGGGGUGGAGAGGCCCCCCUACCGGCCACGCUCACCCGUGCCGUCCUCCGCCACGCCCAGCCCCUCGGCGCGGAGCAGCCCCGCGCACAGCCUGCAGGGCUUCAGCCCCCGCAGCAGCCCGGGGACGGCCGGCUCGCCCCCCGGCCCCCAGGCCCUGCGCGACGCCUGCACCAGCCUGGGCGCACCCUACGGAGCCGAGGGCCUGGGUGCCUACGCCGGCUUCCCCCCGGGCGCCCCCCUGCCGCCAGCCUUCGUCCCCCCCUACGGGGCGCACUACCCCAGGCUCCUGCUGCCGCCCUACGGCGUCAACUGCGGCGGCCUGGGCGUGGGCGGCGUGAAUGGCGUCGGCAGCCUGGGCCUCUUCCCGCGGCUGUACCCCGUGUACGGCGGCCUCCUGGGCAGCAGCGGCCUGCCGCACCCCGUGCUCGCCCCGGCGUCCCUGCCCAGCUCGCUGCCGUCCGACGGGGCCCGCAGGCUGCUGCAGCCCGAGCACCCCAGAGACGUGCUGGUGCCCGCGCCGCACAGCGCCUUCUCCCUCCCUGGCGCGGCCGCCAGCCUGAAGGACAAGGCCUGCAGCCCCACCAGCGGCUCCCCGACGGCAGGCACGGCCGCCACGGCAGAGCACGUGGUGCAGCCCAAAGCUACCUCGGCCGCCAUGGCCACCCCCGGCGGCGACGAAGCCAUGAAUCUCAUUAAAAACAAAAGAAACAUGACCGGCUACAAGACGCUCCCCUACCCCCUGAAGAAGCAGAACGGCAAGAUUAAGUAUGAAUGCAACGUCUGCGCCAAGACGUUCGGCCAGCUCUCCAACCUGAAGGUCCACCUCCGAGUGCACAGUGGAGAGCGGCCCUUCAAGUGUCAGACGUGCAAUAAGGGCUUUACUCAGCUCGCCCACCUGCAGAAACACUACCUGGUACACACGGGAGAGAAGCCACACGAAUGCCAGGUUUGCCACAAGCGGUUCAGCAGCACGAGCAACCUGAAGACGCACCUGCGGCUCCACUCGGGGGAGAAGCCCUACCAGUGCAAGGUGUGCCCCGCCAAGUUCACCCAGUUCGUGCACCUGAAACUCCACAAGCGCCUGCACACGCGGGAGCGGCCCCACAAGUGCGCCCACUGCCACAAGAGCUACAUCCACCUGUGCAGCCUCAAGGUCCACCUGAAGGGCCACUGUCCCGUGGCCCCAGCCCCCGGGCUGCCCGUGGACGACCUGACCCGCAUCAAUGAGGAGAUCGAGAAGUUUGAUCUCAGUGACAAUGCCGACCGGCUGGAGGACGUGGAGGACAACAUCGACGUGACCUCUGUGGUGGAGAAAGAAAUUCUGGCUGUGGUCAGAAAAGAGAGAGAAGAAACCGGCCUGAAGGUGUCUUUGCAAAGAAACAUGGGGAACGGCCUCCUCUCGGGGUGCGGCCUUUAUGAGCCGUCGGACACGCCGCUCAUGAAGGUGGCUCCCUGCAACCCACUACCUCUGGGACCUGUAAAGGUCAAACAGGAAACAGUAGAAUCAAUGGAUCCUUAAGAUUUUCAGAAAGCAAAAAAUGUUUUGUUUUGUUUCUUAACUUACGACCUGGCAAGUCAGGGUGCCUGUAGCGAACGGCUUGUACAGAAUCCCAUCUCUGCAAAGCCUUCUUGACCGCAGAUGGCUUCCCCCGACCACUUUGAAAUUGAAGAAGGAACUCCAAAGUUACUGAAAUCUCAGGGCAUAAAUGAGGCAAAGACAAUAUAUAUAUAUACUUAUUUACACCAUCUAUAUAUUUGAACCUAUGUAUUUUGAAUAUUUGUGGAUAUGUUUGCAUAGCCUUCCCAUUGCUAAGACUUGCCUAGCCAUAAUUAUUUUUUCAAUGAUAAUCCUUCAUAAUUUAUUAUACAAUUUAGCAUUCAAAAAGCAAUAAUUAAAGUUUACAAUGACUGGAAAAAUUCCUUGUAAUUUGAAUAUAAAUGUUAUAUUUUUUAUCUUGUGGCCGUUCUUUGUAGAUAAUUUCAACACAUCUGUUUAAGUACCUAAGAUGUAGUCAGCAUAUACAUGACUUCGGUUGACCUCCCUCUAUAAUAAUGGUUUGAACGUGAGGCUUUGGUCUUGGCCAAAGUUCCAACAGUUGAUGUGUUAAUUCAUAGGGUCAUAUCAUUUGAACGGCAUCAUAUAUAGCCUGGGGAAUUUUUUUUUUUUUUUUGUGCGGAAUUACCCAGUGAUAACCUAGGUAGAAAAAACAAGAAAAGGAAUCUUGUAUGUGUCUGUAGAUCAGAAUUUCUCCCCGUCGCCGCAGAUUUACCACAAAGGUGUGACAAGAAGGCUUUGCCAACGUGGCUCCUUCUCCAAAAAGCAGGGUCUCCGCAGCCCCACUCAUGUGACAGAGUGGCUGCACGACUCUUGCAAUCCCACAUAGUAUCUGAAAAUGUGAAGAAGACGUAAUGCCAUGUUUGAAACCACCGUGAGACCUUCCCAAGGCAUGGGGGGGGUUGGUAUGUGUGAGGUUUGGGGGCUUGAGUCUGGGUGUCGUUUUUGUUGUUGGUUUUUGUUGUUGUUGUUACGUCAAAAUUGCACAAACAUGGUGCUCUACCAGGAAGGAUUCGAGGUAGAUAAGCGCAGGCCACACUUUAAAAACAAAAAAACUGGAAAACGGGUAUUCUUGUUGUCUUAGGGUAAAAGCAGGUAAUGAACAUUCCUAUCCCCAACACAUCAAUUGUCUUUUUUUUUCUGUACAACUCCUGUUUUCCUCAGUAUUUGUGUUUUUACAUUUUACAGUUAUUUUAAUUGAAGAUGAAAGGGCAUUGCAAAGUUGUUCAACAACAAUUACCUCAUUGAGUACGUCCAGUCGUGCAGGAAAUGAUGACUUACCUAAUAUUUGCUACUCGAGAGGAGAGACGAAAUGUGCUCGGGAAAGAUAGAAUGUGUGUCACUCUAUCUUUUACUCUGCUAAGCCCAAAGAUUAUAUGUCAGCAUUCAAGGUGUAACGAAGAAUGAUGUAUAUUUAUAAAUCUAUUUAUACCAAUAUACCAUGUGUAUAUAAUAUAUUUAUGACCACUUAAAUUGUGAGCCAAGCCAUGUAAAAGAAACUACUUUUCCUAAGGGCAGGAAAAAACACAAAAAUCAAACCCUUUCUGAGACUUUGCUUAACACUUGUGACCUCAUAGGCACAGUGGUGAGCUUGGGGACCCCUUGCUGUUGUAAGACACCCUAAGACCUUGAUGCAAAGGUGGGGACUGCAUAGAAACCAGGGAGAAAGAUCCAUCAUUUUUUACUAUUAAGGACCCUGUCAGAUGGCUUUAUUUUUGGUUUGCCACAUUGUGAUUAUAUGGCCACACCCAAGUCACAAAAAUAAAAAUCCCAUUACUACUCCUUCUACAACUAACUUUUCUCUCCCUCCUCCUUAAAUAACUGAUGUAUCGCCAAUCAAUCUGGUUUAUAUGUUCAGCAUUUUGUUCAUGGCAACCUGCAGGGAAGAGUAAUGAUAUUGAGAAUGAUCCAGGGAACCCUGCGAGCCUUACUGAUUGAUCCACACAGCUGGGAAACUGACAGCUUUCAGGUAUCAGUGUUCGGUGAGCACACAGCCCUUCAAGUAGGCAGACCAAAGCAUCACACCCUGACACUGGUGCCAGAUGCUCUACUUCCACCUGCCCAUUCGCUUUUUGCCUCUUUGUGCUUUCGCACACGUGGGGAUUUCACCAGGCCCUGCACUGUGGCUUGAGACCUGGGAUCUUCUAUGCUGUCCGGUUUUCCCCCUUAGGCCUCUUACAUGUGAAUGUUGAGCCCACAAUCAACAGUGGUUUUAUUAUUUUUUUUCCUCUACUCAGAGUUAAAACUGACCAAAGUUACUGGCUUUUCACUUUGCUAGAACAACGAACUAUCUUAUGUUUACGUACUGGUUUACAUUGUUAUUUAUGUGCAAAUUGUCAAAAUGUAAAUUAAAUAUAAAUGUUUAUGCUUUA